AUGCAACCCCAUUAUUUUCGUCCGUCGACGAGUUCCAGUCAGCCGGGCGUGCCCUAUGAAUUACCCCCCGUGCAGGCGGUGACUUCGUCGCCGAGCCCUUUCCACCCGGGCCCUCCUCCCCCAGCCGCCGCUCUGCUUUCCGCUCCGCCGAGCAGGCCUGACAGCGGCCUGAGGAUGGCCCAGAUCUUACAGCCCGUAGGCCAUCCGGUGCCAAACCCUCCCCCUCCCCCGCCAAUCGGCUUCUCUCGCGCCUACGAAUCGAGCGGCUCCCCGGCGGAAGGCCACUCCAUCCUCCCCGAUGCCCCGUUCGGCGCAUCCGCAUCGCCCUCUGCCCUCCACUCCGGUGGCGGAGGACAUCAGAUGCAUCACCCGCUGCAGCAGAAGCGCGCAUAUCGACAGCGCAGAAAGGACCCCAGCUGCGAUGCAUGCCGCGAGCGCAAAGUCAAGUGCGAUGCCUCCGAGUCCUCCAGCUGUACUGAAUGCACCAAUCGCAAGGUGCGCUGCCAGUUCACCAAGGAGACCAACAGGCGCAUGUCUUCCAUCAAACAAGUGCAAGAUCUGGAGAAGCAGCUCCUCUCGACCAAACAGCAGUUGCAGCAGCUGCGCACAGGGAUGCUGAGGUCGGAUAAUAACGGUCUGAUGGAUCUCGGCAUCGACGGUGCCGCAGCACAGCCGCAGCUGAAACUCCCCGAACUCGGCCACCGAUCCGAGCGACGGCCCCGCGCGCCCGUCCUGCAGGAUCUCUCCGCCGCGCGCGACAACAUGCGGAACUACGGCAGGGGCAUCUGGAAGGCGCCGACCCCGUACCGAGAACCGGGCCCGGAAUCCCUCCUGACCACCGAUCCGCCCCCGCUCCCGGCCAAAGACCUCGCGGAUCGCCUCCUCCGCCAGUACCACGCCUGCGUGCAUGCGGUGCUCCCCGUGGUCCACUGGCCCAGCUUCACGGCCGAGUACGACCAGAUCUACAGCGCGGGUUCGCUGUCCGGGGUGCGACGCGAUUGGGCGGCGGUGCUGUUCGCCGUCUUCGCCUGCGGGUCCCUGCACUCACUGGAGACGGAUCGGGAGCACCGCGGCAAGGAGUUCAUCCGCAUCUCGUGCGGCAUCAUCGACGUCUGGCAGGACCACUUCACCCUGGACCGCGCGCGCGCCGCCCUCCUCGCCAGCAUCUUCCUGUACGAGGCGAACUCCAAGUCCGCGAGCUGGGUGUGGAUUGGGUCGGCCGUCCGCGUAGCGCAGGAGAUCGGACUGCACCUCGACUCGGGGCCCUGGCCCGCCCUCGAGGGCGAGAUGCGCAAACGAGUCUGGUGGGGCAUGUACGCCUGGGACCGGCUACUCGCCCUCGAAAUGGGGAAACCAGUCCUAAUCAACGACCAAGACUGCGACGUCGACCUCCCCUGCCCAGUCGACGAGAAGUACAUCUCCGACGGCGGCGGGUGUCCCCCCGACAGCCAGCAAACAACGCCCCUCCUGGCAACAAUCCACGUCGUGCAAUCCAUCGGCCAGCUAACGCGCACCCUGCGCAGCUCAACCAUCAGCCCGCGCACGCUCGAGACCUUCGAGCGCCACUUCAAAGCCUGCCUCGCGACCUUCCCCGCGCAAUACCACCCCGAAUCCGACCAGUACUUCGACCCGCGCUGCCUCGCGCCCAUGGUCUACCUCCAAAACGCGCGCUUCAUCCUCCAUCGCCACAACAUCUCGCCCUUCUGCGCGCCCGACGUCCGCGCCGCCGCCCUCCACCACUGCGUCUCCACCGCCCAAGACACAGCCCACCUGCUCUCCCGCUGCAUGCUGCAAGCCACGCCCCCACCCCCAGGGUCCCCCGCCACAAGCGACGACCCCAGCCCCGACUGGCGACCCCUCCUCGCCUCCUCAGCAGGCACAAUGCUCUGCAUCCACAUCUGGCGCAGCAUCCUCGUCCUCCUCUUCCGCCAGGACUACGCAGCGGCCCUCGUCUGCGCGCAGGCCGGCUCCGCCAUCGGCGACGCCCGCGCCGUCAACGCCGCCUGCGGCCGCCACCUCGCGUUCUUCCUCCGCUGCCUACUCGACCGGCUCCGUCGGUCUGACGUCGACCUCGACCGCGACGAGGAAAUGAUCGCUUACAUGUCGGGCGACAUGCAGGGCAACACCGACGGCAGCUGGAUCUGGCAGGGGUACGAGAAUGGGCCGGGCUCUGCUUCUUCCCCUUCGGCUGUUAAAUUUGAGCCUGGCUCGUCACCCGUCGAUCACUGCCUUCCUCGUCCUCAUGGUAGUCCUGCCGCUGAUGAGCCUAGUGGUUGGGAUUGGAUCGAGCAGACGGUGGGGUAUCUUUAUACGGAACGGCAGAAACAGCAACAAUUGCAGCAGCAGCAGCAGCAGCAACGAGACGAAUACGAGGCCCAGGCGCGCUCCCCGCCCUAUCUUAGCCCCGGAGCGACGGCGACGGCGACGGCGACGGCUGUGACGGUGACUGCACCGACGGGCGCGUCGGAGUCUGCGCCGGCUAGUUCGUCGCAUUCGCGGAUGACGAUCGCUAGUAUUAUCUAG